AUGUUAGCAGUAAAUAGAGGAUAUGCAGAUAAUUUGAAGAAAAUUGCAGGGAAAAAUACUGCUAUUAACUUUGCAUCCCAUGAGGAUGAUUUUAGACCAGUAUCGAAGGAAUCUGAUCAUAGGACAUCAACAUCUACUCCUUUUAACCAGAUUAGAAAUAAUUUGAAUUCUGAGGGUUCUAGUGUCGAUCCUCAGGUGGCUGAAUUCCUGGAAGGAAUAAAGCUAGCGAAGUACUGUACCUUAUUCAGUGAGAAUGGAAUCUACGAUUUAGACUCUGUUUUGCAACUAAAUGAGGACAUUCUUUCAACACUUGAGAUUCCUUUGGGACAUAAGCUCAAAAUUUUGAAGAAAAUAAAGCAGGUAAAGGAUAAAAGAAUUCUGGAGGAAGAAGAGAAGCAACCUAUUUAUGAAGAUAACAACAUACUUCCUCCUAGACAAGAGCCGCCAGAUUAUGAAGCCAUGCCCUAUGAUGAGCCAAAGGUUCCAGAGCAACCUGUCCAGGCUACUUCAUGAGGGAUAGGAGACGACGAAGUCGUUGAUCUUAAAGAGGGAGCUUAUGAUGAAGAAAAGGUAAGAAGAGAGUUCAGACAAGCACUUAAUAGCUGGAGAGGAGCCAUUGAUGAAAGAGAAGAAUAUCCUAAUGAAGAGGAGGGAUGUGGAGUUAUGAGCCAAUCAGUCCCAGCAAAGGAGCAUCAUGACAUGCAGAUUGGAACUGAUGAUCCAUCAAAACCUCAAAUGGUUACAACUACAAUCCAGCAUAGAGGUGGAGAAAUGGACUCAGAGGUGGAUUGAAUUGAAAAUGAUAUGCAUAACCUUGAAUUAUCGAGUUCUAUAGCACCGUCCUCAAAAUUUACUCCUACUCCAAAGCCUUUGAAAACCUCAUAUGUGCCUCCUACAAAAGUGAGUUGUUAUAAUUGUUAUAAAUUGGGAAACUCUACCGAUUAUUUAUUCGAUAAGUCUCUUACUGAGUAUUACUUUUGUAAUCCAGAAUGAGUAAAGGCAUAUCACUCAAAGUAUCUCUUGUGCUGCCCAAUAGACUCUGCCACCUUCUUGAAAACAAAAGGGACUCUACGAAAUAUGAAAUGGUACUGUAGUGACAUCUGUGCUGAUAAAGCAGAAGAUAAUUAA